CUUUUCUUUCGAGUUUGCGCCACCGGACACACACUGUACGAGGCCUAGCAACAUCCGUCUCUAGAGCUUUUGUCUGUUUUCUACUGCGCACACCAUGCCGCCGAAACGCACGCACGAGGACCCUCAGUCGCUCAAGGACAAGCUGCACUCGCUGCAGGGCACCUCCAAUGCGCGCGGCCGCCGCAACAACAACGCCGAUCUCGCAAAUGGCAGCAGCCUCAAAGAGGUCAUGUCCUCCAACGGCGACAACGCCUCCACGCACAGCGGACAGAACGAGCACACGUCAGGAAUGAGCUGGAAUACGCAGGACCACGCCGUGCUCCAGGGCUACCGACGAGCCUACCGCCUCGACACGCCAUCUUCGUUCAAAAACCCCGGCAGCCACAUUGUCCUCAGCCAGGGCAUCGGCAAGUUCUCGCCCACAAUGGCACGACCAAAGUCGAAGAGGAGAGUGGAAAAGAGCCACCUCUCGCUCGCGGUGCGCAAGAACUUCAACGCGCAGGCUGUCUCCGAGACCAAUUGCAUCAUCGAUUGGAUGUACACGGUGAAGAACCAGGACAAGGAGUUCCGCGUGCGCUUCGCUCCUCCACGUAAAUAGACGACGUUAUACCUCCUUCUUCGCACCUCCUCGCAGCACUUUCGGAGUUCUGAUACCCUGGCCUUGGAUAGGCAUUACACCGU